CCCCCCCCCUCGAACGCCACACCGGGACACUUUUUGGCCUCAUUCCGGGCCAUUGUUCCGCCGCCGGCCACACAUACCCGAGCGCAAGCGAAUGCACGGGACUGUUUUCAACCGCAGGCGCAUGGCAUACACGAGGCGGGGCCCAACACCGAGAUGAUUCAAUUGGGGCGAAGGCUGUGCCUCUAUUUGCGACCCCCGCACGCCAACAGCUGUAACCCAGGGGUGCCGCUGCAAGAUGUACGGGGUACGUUGAGGGAACCCUUGAUAAAGGCGAUCCCACCAUGCGGGGGUUUAAAAAGCCAAGAAGAAGCACAUCACCCCCCAAACACACACACCGAGCAAAGCACGGCGCUAUGGCUGCAAAAAUUUGGGCUAUUACAGCAGCACCUAACCUGUGAAUAUCGCACGCUCCUCCGUAACGGGAAAGAAUGA